AUGCCUCACCUCCCAUCCUUCUUCAACAACCACAAGCAGAAUCGCUCAGCGACCGCUCUGCCAGCAGGAAACAACAUCUCCUCCACUUCACUUCCUUCCCCUCAUCAACCUCAACAUCAACAGCCCUUCCCUCAGAACCAGAACCAGAACCAGAAUCAGAGUCAACCUCAAGGUUCUCAGACUCAAGCAUCUCAGAAUCAGCAGCAGCACGAGUACACCGCGUACUCGCCUCCUCCAGAGUCCCUUUCCGUCCACCAGCAGAUAGCCCUCGCUCAAGCUCAAGCUGCCCAACAAGCUGCCCACCAACAGCUAAACCCUCAAGCUCAGGCUGCCGGUCGUUCCUCUGCCUCUUCAGGCCCCGCCAGACAUUCCUCUGUUUCAGGUCCCUCAGGACUUCAAUAUUCCCAUCAAGACCAUCCCGUUCCUCCACCUUACGUCCCCGCCGGUCUGAUUCGCCAGUCUAGCGGUGCGGCUGAAAGUCAGCACCUCCACCACUCCCAAUCAUUACGAAACGAUAACAACACCGCUGACAACCUAUCCUAUUCUUCUUCUACCUCGACCUCAAAUACGGCAUACGAGCCUCAGAAACGCCAGUUACCGUCUGAUGCUCAACCGCCUCCUCCUUCUGCUACUGCAAUCCCUGCCAAAUCUACCCUGAGAAAACCCUUGCUCACGAAGGACCCUUCUUCUUCUUCUGGUGGUAUCAGUGGCUUGUUCCACAGACACAGCAGCAAACACAACCAGCAGCAGCAGCUCCAACAGGACCAAUCUGUUACUCAAGAGCAACCUUCGUCAUCUUCAAUAGGCAGACGUCUAUCUACCCGGAAAUCGACUUCAUCUCCUCAAAAUUCUCCAAAGAUUCCCCAGCAGAUAGAAGAAGACGGAAAUAAUUACCAAAACAGUCCUCGUUCACCCCGCCCUCAGAGCUUGUUACCCCCACCUCCUAAAGUAGAGCACGUGGAAGCUUUACGAUCAUUGAGAAGGUCCGAUACUGACACUCAGUCAUAUCAAUCUCGUCCUAAUUCUCAGCUUCAACAAGCUCUCAGUCCUCUUACUCCUGCAACAGCAACAGCAACCUCCACAGAACCAACAACCACCACCUCAACCUCAAUCCCAGCAAACCAAUUCACCACCCCCCCGCAACAACAACAACCACCUCAGCAACAGCAACAGCAAAAGCCUCAGCAUCAACCCCCUCCUCAACAGCAAUACCCGGGUCAUAAAUCCCAUCCCUCCCAACCCCACAUCCAGCAACCUCCUGCUGGAUUCGCACGUUCUUCAUCUGAUCUUGGAAAUCUCAAGAUUUCUACCAACCUUCCCAGCGGUGGUUUAGCUGCACCUUCGCAGCAGCAGCAACAAGGAAGUAAUAAUAAUCCGCCUGUUAGUCCUGGCGCUUCGGUUCACACCGUAGACACCAUGCCUGGUAAUCAGCCUACUGGUUUAGGGCAACAGCCCAUGGGGAAUGAUGGGCGUGCUACGCCUACUGGUAAACCCGAGGGUAAUGGCGGCGGAUCUGGGAUGACACCUAGUCAGGUACAAGCGUUGAUGACAGAGUUUGACACUUUGCAGGGUAAGUACCGCAAAGUCAAGAACCUCUACUUCGAGCGCGCCGCCGAAAUUGAGCGGCUACAAAACACCAUGGCAAACCAGAGGAUGUCCCAGUCCCGCACCCACCUCGAUGAUAACCAGUAUAGCUCGCGAUUCGAACGUCUAGACGGAGCAAUCAAGAACUUGGCGUUCGAGAUCCGUCAAUCCUGGAAAGUUAUCCCACAAUGGCUACAACCCGUCGUCAACCCCGGUGCAGAAGUCAAAGGCGGCCGUGAGAUGACCGUUGUCGGCCGAGCAGCCAUGAGCCGCUGGGUUGUAGACGAGAUCUUGGAUCGGUAUUUCCACCCUGGUUUGGAACCUAAUAUCAGUUGGAAUCUCAAAGCGAUUGAAAAUGGGAUAAGGCGAAAUAGCCCUCAGCCCAACUCGAUCGAAGAAGAUGACAAUCUAAGCGCUAAGGUGUGUACUUGGCGUAUGUCCACCGUUGACGGUGUUAGACCAAUGAUCGAUGGCCCCAUCGGGAAAGAAAAUGUUGAAAAAUUAAAGAUCUCAUUGGAGGAGAAGUUGAUGGCUAGUUUGGCCAUACAUUUGAAUGAACCUUUGCCUCCUGGCCUGCCUGGUGGGGUUAACACUAUCGUUGACAUUAGUGUUGGAUUACUCGAGAAUCUACCCUUGGAGAGCAGAGACGUCAGAGUUUGGUACCCUCUACCCGGGGAAAAAUUCGAUGCGGUGUUCAUGAGAGGGGAGACUGGUUUGCAACCGUUGGUUGCACCUGUCGGCGGAGCCGACGGGGAUAAGAAUGCCACGUUGAUGGUCGAUGGGAAACCUAUUUCGCAGGUUGAGAAGGCAGGUGGUGGUGCACAACAACCACCAGCCCCACCUACGAAGGAUGACGUUGGAUUGCAACCCUCGAACAGCGUUAAGAGCGCGGAGUCGGGGAAGAAGCAAAGCGUUUUGAAAGGGAUUAGAGGAAAACUCUCGGGUGCGGCUGGUGGAGGGUCUGCUGCUGCUGCUGCUGCAAGUACACAGGCUGCUACUGCAGCACCGCCGGCACAGGGAAGCCAGCCGAACCCAAGCCAGACCAGUUUGGCGGAACCUGUUGUGAAUAAUGGGAAGGAUGCGGGAAGUGGGGUAAGUCAGGCAGCACCUGGGUUAGAGAAGGUCAGGGUGGCAGGGUUUAUGGCGGUAGAGGUUAGGGGGAAGAGCAUUUUGAUUAAAGCGCCUGUUUGGACGUAG